UGGCGGCACCCCCGCCCCCGGGCCGGCGCCGCCCGGGCAGUGCGCAGGCUCGGCUCGGCUCCGCACACCCCAUCAUGGCGCUGCGGCGGCCGGAGCUGCUCCGGCUCCUGCUCCUGCUCCUGCCCCUGCUCGGCUGCAGACUCUUGGCUGUGGAGCUGACAUCCAGCAACACCAAGCCCGUGGUGCAGGAAUUCCAAAGUGUUGAGCUGUCCUGCAUCAUUAAAUCCACGGUGACGCCAGAUCCCAGAAUCGAGUGGAAGAAAAUCCGAAAUGGAGAAACCUCUUACGUGUUUUUUGGUAACAAAAUGCAGGGAGACUUUGCGACUCGGGCAGAGAUUCUGAGCAGGACGUCCCUGGUGAUUAAGAACACCACGAGGAUGGACACGGCCACGUACCGCUGCGAGGUGGCCGCGCCCUCCGACACCAAAACCAUCGACGAGAUAAACAUCCAGCUCACAGUCCAAGUGAAACCCAUGAUUCCCAGAUGCUCUGUGCCUAAAGCUGUCCCUGUUGGCAAGUCAGCCUCUCUCCACUGCCAUGAGAAUGAAGGCUUCCCCAAGUCCACCUACAGCUGGUACCGCAACAGUGAACCUCUGCCACCCGACAGCAAAUCCAGCACCAAACCCCACAACUCCUCCUACACCCUGAACCCCGCCACAGGCACUCUGGUUUUCCACGCAGUGCACAAAGGUGACACAGGUCGUUACUCCUGCAUAGCAACAAACGAGGCUGGCUCUGCCAAGUGUGAGGAGCAGGAGAUGGAAGUCUAUGACCUCAAUAUUGGUGGGAUAAUCGGGGGAGUCCUGGUGGUCCUUGCAGUCCUGGUGCUCAUCACUUUUGGGAUCUGCUGUGCCUACAGAAGGGGAUACUUUGCAAAUGGCAAAGAGAGUGGGGAAAGCUACAAGACUCCAGCAAAGCCUGAUGGCGUUAACUAUAUCCGCACAGAUGAUGAGGGCGACUUCAGACACAAGUCUUCAUUUGUCAUCUAAGACGCCAAAAGGAAAUUGCAAACCAGCAAAAGCAAGUGUGAAAAUACCUCCUCCAGGAACUCAAAGCAAGAGCAAAAGAUUAAUUAAGUGCGCUUGGAAGAGUUUGGAACACACAAGAACUCGAUAGCUUGCUAUCUGUAUGUCUUUUUUUUCUUUGCCAAAGUUUAAAGUAACUCCUCACUGCCCAACUCGCGUCUCCCCUGCCUCUGGAGAUACCAACAGGAUCACCCAAACCUGUCCUUGGACUGAGGAAAGGUUUCAAUCCUUCCCAAGAGACUGGGCUGUGUGAAGUUUGUGGAAUUGCCUUCUCUUUGUGCUGCAGGGACACAGCCACCAUGUGCAAACCAAGCAGGGGCACAGCAUUAGGCAAACCUGUAGUAGCCAUGAGCAGUAAUGUGUUACCAGUAGACAAAAAAAAGGUGCUGAUACAGAAGUAGAUGGACUUCAAAGAGUGAGAUUUGGGGGAUUUCCUCCCAACAGCUCAUUGCUCAGGCCUGGCUGGUGACUUCUCCACAUCUGUGAUUGUCCUGUGCUCGGCUCUGACUGCUCAGGUGCACAGGGGGGUCUGUGCACAGCCACCAGUGACACUGAGAACACCACUAAUGCCCUCAGCCCUUCUGUAACCACCCCCAAAUGCUGUUAUCUAACAGGACCCCCAGGGCAGGGCACUGCCUCUGCUCCCUGCCUGCCAGGGCUCCCUGCACGCAGGUGACCCUGGUUCUAAUCUGCACAAAGCAGGCUUGGCUCCUGCGUCUUUCCCCGGGGAAAGAGGCUUAGAGGGGAGGCAGAGAACCAGUGCUAAGACAUCCCUUUCAGGAAAAUUAAAGCCAAAUAAUUUCCUGGGCUAAGAUUGCCAUAAAAGGUACUGAGAGAUCCUCCAGCUUUUUUUACCUUCUCCGUUUAUUUUGUAAAACCCCACCUUCUAAAUUUUUUGCAAAGAUCUAUUUUGAUUACUUCAGAAAAGGUAACAUUUCUAUUUAAAAGUGUAAAUACGUGAUGCCAGCAGUGUUUGAGUAACGGAGCUAUUUUUUUACUGUUGAAGCUACAGGAGAGGAGCUCACACGUUGCUAUAGUGUGGCACUGUCAGAGCAUAUCAGUAUUAGUGCAAAGUGUAACAAAGAGCUGCAGGUGGAACAGCAUCUCUUUCCUCUUCAGCCAGCUUCAGCCAUUUCCUUGUCACAAGAGGUCUUACCAGACACAGAACAGAGUCACUCAGGGAUAGUUUUUGUAAAUUUAUGGCAGGAGCUAUCAACUUUUUUAAAUGAAAAAAAAAAAUCUUUUCUUGCCGGUGACCAACACUUUGUUUUUGUUGUUGCAAGAAAUAGCCAGGAUGGCUUUUGGAGUCAGUUCCAAAGAGGUGACAGAGUGACUUCAGUGUUUGCUGCCCCUCUGCAAGUUCCCUAAAGCACUAACACAGCGUGACAGCUGCAGCAGCUUGGCAGGUUUAAACCACAUGGCCAAGGCCACUCUUUCUGGGGUUGGGAAAGCAAAAGCUCAACACAAAAGCACUUUUAUAGUGUCAGCUGAAAUUUUUCUCUGGAUGGUAAAGGAAAAAAAAAAAAACCAACAAAAAAAGCAAAACCAACCAAAUUUGGUUCUCUUGGCUUUAGAGAGAAUGAUGGGGAACAUGUGUUUCCCAAAAUAUCCGUGUUGAUAGUGUUGAACAGCAUUGGGUGAGACCAGGCUGCAAGAUGUGGAUGCAACACUAGGACUGUGCUGUGGUUUAGGAAGUUUUUUAAUGUAGCAGAAUAGUGUUCUUGUAUUUCCAAUAUAAAUUGAGUUGUCUUAACUUUUCCUGUAUACAGUAUUUUGGAUACUUGA